GGCAAAUAGAAGCUUGCAGUUGUGCAGGGCACAGGCAUUUCUUUCCAGAAGGCAGAGAGCAAUGCUGAGUAAACUGACAGACGAGCCAGCGGACCGACAAGAAGUCAGGACAUAUUCUCAUAGCACUAGCAGAUGGUUACACCACCAGUGGGUCUUCUGAAGCCCUUUUCCAAACUCCUAGGUGUGAUUACUCCUGGAUGCACAUUCAAGCUCCUCUGCUGCUGACAGUGAAGAGUCGCAGAUGCAAUCAACCGCAGGCUUACUUCGCAACCUUGCAUCUGUCUCAACACGUACACUGAAGGAUACACAUGUUUUAUUGACAGAAGUACAGGUGGUUUGAGUUUGAGCUGCAGUGGACUUGGAAGGUCGUUUUUUUUCCCCCCCUUUGGGGUAAGCUGUUGCAUCUUUGGAGCCAAUAUGCUGUCUGUUGUUGUGGCAAGUGUGAUAUUUAUCCUGCUGGGCUCAGGGGAGGCUCAGGUUGCCACACAAACUCAGGAGCAGAGCCAGGGUCAGGGUCAGGGGCAGGACAACUCUGCCACCCCUUGGAGACAGGUAAUACAGUGGGAAAAUAAUGGUCAGGUAUUCAGCUUGCUGAAUAGUGGAGCUGAAUAUGUCCCUGCUGGUGCUGGGGCCCAGGACAGAGGUCCCAGGUUAGUUUUAGCAGAUGCUCUUUCGCGCACUCCACGUAGACGUCAGGGAGGCAAUGUCCGCAGACAGGCUCCAUCAAGGGGAUACUCAGAAACAGUACGCGGGCAGGCCAGACAUCCUUUUGGCUUUGGGCAAGUACCUGAAAACUGGAGACAAACCACAGGCAGUGCAAGUAGUGGUAGCCGGUUCCAAGGAUCUUCAACUAGUCGCCUCCGUCCAUCUACAGGCUCUUCAUCAUCAUCAUCUUCCUCUUCAUCGUUUUCUUCGUCUUCAUAUAACAUACCAGUUUAUCCACAAUAUCCACUUCCGCAGCAGCCACCUUUCCAGUCUUUUGACCCUAGUUUUGGAGAUGGACCAGUGAGGAGCUUUGAACCACCUUUUCAGCCUGUCGGAGGAGGAGGGUACGGUGGUGGAGGGUAUGGGACUGGACAGGGUUAUACUGGAGGUGGAUAUGGAGUUGGUUUGGGCCCAAUCGUCCCUGGCUCUCCAUCUGACUUUGCUGAAAAUGGCUACUAUUACUACCAGUCUUACGGCUAUGCGCCUAACCCUGUGGUGCCUGCACGUGCUGCCCAGCCACCAGUUUCAGAUGGUCUGGACCACAGAUACACCCACAGCCUCUACAAUGAAGAAUCUGCUCCUGCUGUCCCUGUCCCUGAUGCUAACCAGGCCCUUCCUGUUCCAGUAGAACCUGGACCCGCAAGUCAACCCCAAGUCAGGAGUCCACAAUAUGAGCAGUUCCCGCCAUUUGGAAGACCCCAGCCUCCAUAUCUGCAGCCAAAUACUCAAGGCAGAAUUUCUCCAAACUCUGCGCUUGAGAAUCCUGGUACGAAUGUUGGCAGUGUGUACCGACGACAACAAAGAGGUUUACCUGACUUGGUUCCUGAUCCACACUAUGUCCAGGCUUCCACGUACAUCCAAAGAGCCCACAUGUACUCUCUUCGCUGUGCUGCAGAGGAAAAAUGCCUGUCAAGCACUGCCUACAGCACUGACACCAGUGACUAUGAUGUGAGGGUCCUGCUGCGAUUCCCACAGAGAGUGAAGAACAAGGGCACAGCAGACUUCAUGCCUAACAGGCCGCAUCACACCUGGGAAUGGCACAGCUGUCAUCAGCAUUAUCACAGCAUGGAUGAGUUCAGUCAUUAUGAUUUACUGGAGGUAAGCACUGGCCGUAAAGUGGCGGAAGGACACAAGGCCAGCUUCUGUCUGGAGGACACCACCUGUGACUUUGGCCACUUAAAGCGUUAUGCCUGCACUUCUCACACUCAGGGUCUGAGCCCUGGCUGCUACGAUACAUACAAUGCUGAUAUUGAUUGCCAGUGGAUCGAUAUCACUGACAUCAAACCUGGAAACUACAUACUAAAGCUCCAGGUUAAUCCCAAGUUCUUGGUGUUGGAGUCAGACUUUACCAACAAUGUGGUCAGGUGUAACAUUCACUACACAGGACGGUUUGUUACAACAAACAACUGCAAGUUAGCACAGUCUUGAUCCUGCUAUGGAAUCCUGCCACAUCAGAGUGACCAUGAUCGCUAUUCCAUUGAAAUGUGAAUGGAAUCCAUUUUUUGUUGUUUCAUUUUUAGCGUGGUUUGUCUCUUUUGUGCUGUUUUGGGAUCCUGAGCUCACGACAGACAAAUUUUCGACUGGCGCUAAGAAUGUGGUGGUUUAAAGCUAACAUGCACACACUUAAACGGCUGCAUAAUGUAUAUUGUACGUCUGUGUCCCUAUAAUGAACCAACAACCCUGUAUUUUAUGUUUAAUUAUGCUCCUAUAUUUCCCAUAUUGCAGCUCUACUAGUCUAGUUUGGUAACAUGCAAAUACGCAUCACUGAGUUUUUAAAAAGGUGUUUGCUAUAUAUCCAAACAGAUUAGUUUAACUGCAAUGUAACAAGUAACGUUUUGGGAGAAAGUUCUGCAUUCACCCGUGCAGUAUGGGAAAACAGAUAUGCCCAGUGAUUCAGAAUAACUACAAAGUGUCAGUUUGUUUUGUGUGUUUUUUGUCUUUCUCCCUUCACUGCCUCAGCGGGUUAGGCUGGGAUAUUGUGAUUCUCUGGGUACAUCCUGUUUUGUGUUGUGUUAACAACAAAGAAAAGACAGAAGGUCAUAUUUCCAUUAGUCAGUAUUAAAUUUGUAAGUCAGCAGAAAAGACAGACAAUCAGUACUGGAUGUUGUAAAUUCUACAUCUUUGCAUACUCUGGUUGUGUCCUCAUUAUUUCCUUCUUAUUUCAGUACAACAGGAACGGGAAGCUCAACUGGCAGAAAAAAAGGUGCUUUCAAGAAAACAAGACCAAUAGUGUGAAUGCUGUAUAAUCACAGCAUUUUAUAGUCACUCUUCUUCAAUUACCAACACUGGUCAGAUGGCACAUAAGUCAUCUAUACCUUUUGAAGAAUGUUUAUACAAAUAUUCCACUGAUGCAUGACUUUAGUGAUUGAGAUUAUUUUGAUGUAACUGACUGUACUCCUUUUUUUCCAUUUUCACUUGUUACUGUAUUUGUAAAAAUCAUUAAUUUCAUGUUUUGGUUUUUUUUUUUUUUGGUUUAUUUUUUGUUAGUUAGUUUUUUCUUGAUAAUCAGAAUUAUUCAAAUAGUAUAGUGUGUGUAGUUGGUAGUGGGGGGGAGGGUGGGGGGGACAGCACUGCAGAGACUUUGUGUUAAAAUGCAGAUGGGCAGAAAGCAGUCUUUACUACCUCUCCUGUUAGGUAAAGCAUUUGCUGCAGUGUUUACUGUGGCCAGCGACAAGUUGAUGUCUCUAGAAGCAAAAAAUAUAUAUACAUCACAUGUUAGAUUCCAGCUUGGUUUAUUUGGUAAUAGCUGCUGUGUGCUAAUACUACAUGUUCUGAAAGAAAAUGAGUAGCACUACUUGAACAUACUUUUGUAGAAAUACUGUACAACAAAGGAGCAGGUGGUACAUCAGUUUACAAUGAUCUGAUUUUAUGCCAUACUCAGAAGUGUGCCACACUGUGGCUAAUCCAUUAUCCUUUGCAGAAUUUAAAUCUGAUCUGCCCUGAAAAAUUUGAAAGGGGGGGGUAUUGUCAUGUUGUACAGAUGCUUGAUUGUAGGAUGCUAACCUCAGUGAUAAAAACAUUGUAUUUCAAUA